AUGGACAACAUUUGGAUUGUGUUUGUGAUAGCACUUCUCUUGUCCACUGUGUUACUCAUCCACAUGAGAACUACACUCAAAACUAAACGCAUAAAUCAACUUCCAUUAGGCACUCUUGGAUGGCCUUUUAUCGGUGAAACCAUUGAGUUUGUUUCUUGUGCUUACUCUGAUCGUCCUGAGAGCUUCAUGGACAAGCGACGCCGCAUGUAUGGCAAGGUGUUUAAGUCACACAUAUUUGGAAGCCCCACUAUUGUUUCCACGGAUGCAGAUGUUAACAAAUUUAUAAUGCAAAGUGAUGCAAAGGUUUUUGUUCCUUCAUAUCCCAAGUCUCUUAUCGAAUUGAUGGGGGAGUCUUCUAUUUUGGUCAUCAAUGGAAGCCUACAUAGGAGAAUACAUGGACUCCUUGGAGCAUUCUUCAAGUCUCAACAGCUCAAGGCUCAAGUCACUAGAGACAUGCAUAAGUAUGUCCAAGAAUCAAUGGCAAAUUGGAGGGAGGACCACCCCAUAUACAUACAAGAUGAAACCAAAAACAUUGCCUUCCAAGUACUAGUCAAGGCUUUGAUUAGUUUGGAUCCCGGUGAAGAAAUGGAGCUUCUCAAGAAACAUUUUCAAGAAUUCAUCUCUGGUCUCAUGUCUUUACCAAUACACCUGCCAGGAACUAAGCUUUAUCAAUCUCUACAGGCCAAAAAGAAAAUGGUGAAAUUAGUGCAGAGAAUUAUUCAAUCAAGAAGAGAUAGUGGCAUAUCUGAAGUACCAAAAGAUGUAAUAGACGUGCUUCUGAAUGAUGCAAGUGAACAAUUAACAGAUGAUUUAAUAGCAGAUAAUAUUAUCGAUAUGAUGAUUCCAGGAGAGGACUCGGUUCCAAUUCUUAUGACCCUGGCUAUAAAGUAUCUAUCAGAAUGCCCUGCAGCUUUGCAACAAAUUACGGAGGAAAAUGUGAAGCUUAAGAAAUUCAAAGAUGAACUUGGGGAGCCCUUGUGUUGGAGCGAUUAUUUAUCAUUGCCGUUUACUCAAACAAUUAUCACGGAAACUUUGAGGAUGGGAAAUAUAAUAAUUGGUGUUAUGAGAAAGGCCAUGAAAGAUGUUGAGAUAAAAGGGUAUUUAAUACCAAAAGGAUGGUGUGUUCUUGCAUAUUUUAGAUUAGUUCAUCUAGAUGACAAAAACUAUGACUCGCCUUAUCAAUUCAAUCCAUGGAGGUGGCAAGACAAAGGCAUGAACACUUGCAAUUUCACUCCGUUUGGAGGGGGACAAAGGUUGUGCCCUGGACUUGACUUGGCCAGGCUGGAAGCUUCUAUUUUCCUACAUCAUUUCGUUACUCAAUUUAGAUGGUAUGCUGAAGAAGAUACAAUUGUGAACUUUCCCACUGUAAGAAUGAAAAAGAGGAUGCCAAUCAUGGUGAGGAGAAUGGAAUGUUGA